GUAUCUACCUGCACUUAUUCUUCUUUCUUUCUUGAAAAGUGAUAUACCUCUUUUCUCCAUUCCACUUCUUUUUUUCUUCUUUUAGGCAUAUACUUGAGUACCAGGGCACUGCAAUGUCGGAAGCUCAACGCCCCAAAGUCGGUGUCGGUGUCAUCAUCCACGACGAGGCUGGCAACAUCAUCAUGGGCGAGCGCGCAGGCAGCCACGGCGCUGGCACAUUCCAAUGUCCCGGCGGCCACCUCGAAUACUCCGAAUCCUUUGCCGAAACCGCAGCUCGCGAAGUCCUUGAAGAAACCGGUCUCGUAGUCGGUAACAUCAAGUUUCUAACCGCCACAAACGAUGUGUUUGGUGAAGGCAAACAUUACGUUACCAUAUUUGUCACGUGUACGAUUACGGGGGAAGAUAAGGUGGCAAAGCCGAUGGAACCGCACAAAUGCGCAGCGUGGGAGUGGGUGCCGUGGAGUCAGAUGUGGGCUUGGGCCGGGGAGCAAGCAGCGGCUGAGAAGGAAGGCAGAGAGGUGAAGAGGAAGAUGUUUCUGCCGCUUGUGAAUCUUUGGAGGGACUAUCCGGAGUUGGAGUUUGCGUUGGGUGGGAAGAGGUAAAGGGACGAAUGGGGGAUGUUGGAGGUUCCUUGCUUUGCUCGAUCGCCCAUGUAGUACGGUAUAUGGUUCUCUUGGGGUUGAAAAAAAAAGUCAGAUUUGCUAGGGGGUUAUCAUCUACCGAGCAAGUUGAAACAAACUGGUUUUUGGUGGAUUUAGUCUCUACGAUCGUAGGAACACGAUGAAAUAACAAGUCAUGUAAACUUGUGUAACGGUCCCUGAAAAGGAAAGAAAAAUAUCUAGCCUGCACUC